ACUGCUAGUAUUAAGUUCUACUUCUGUAUUGGGGGAAGGUAUAUGUGGUGCUGAAAUUCUUAUACUGAGGCUAGCCUAUAAUAUAUAUAAUUGCCAAAAAGUAGCAGCCAGACAGUUACAAGCAUUGAUGCUGAGAGAAGGAUUAUUCUACCUUGGACGUGUAUUUUUAUCCAAUUCAAGACGUGUAUCAGUAUUUCCAUCAAGAGUGAGUAUGUAUGCAGGUAGUGAUAAUUGUAUUCCUAAUAAGAAGUCUUGUCCUGAUGUUCCGGUUAUUGGGACUCACAAUGGAACUUUCCACUGUGAUGAAGCUCUUGCUUGUUUUAUCUUGAAAACCCUACCAGAAUACAAGGAUGCUAAAAUUCUCAGAACACGUGAUGAAGAUUUGUUAAAAGACUGUGAUAUUGUUGUUGAUGUUGGUGGAGUUUAUGACCCUACAGUUCAUCGGUAUGAUCAUCAUCAAAGAAGUUUCAGUGAGAGCAUGCACAGUCUGAACCCCAAGAAACCAUGGAUUACAAAGCUAAGUAGUGCAGGACUUGUGUACUUUCACUUUGGUCACAAGGUUAUUGCUCAGUUACUUGGAACCAACAGCCAAGAUGAAAAAACCACAAAAAUUUAUGACAAAAUGUAUGAGAACUUCAUGGAAGAGAUUGAUGCUAUUGAUAAUGGAAUAUCAACCCAUGAUGAACAACCAAGAUAUCACAUUAGUACUCACCUGAGCUCUCGUGUUAGUUACCUGAACCCACCAUGGAAUAGUCUUAACCAGGAUACAGACGAAGGAUUUAAGAAAGCUAUGGAACUGACAGGCAAUGAGUUUAAGGAUAAAGUUUUUUAUUACGGGAAUGUCUUGUGGCCAGCUAGACUACUAGUUGAAGAAGCCGUUAAGAACAGGAAAAAUGUGGAUCCUAGUGGUGAAAUUGUGAAUCUAAAAGAGGGAGGUUGUCCAUGGAAAGAUCACCUUUUGUCUAUUGAAGAGGAAUGUGCCAUUGAUCCAAAGAUUAAGUUUGUGAUUUAUCGAGACAUGAACCAACAGUGGCGAGUCCAGUGUGUUCCUGUGCGACUGGGUUCAUUUGAAAAUAGGUUGUCUUUGCCUGAAGAAUGGAGAGGACUCCGAAAUGAAGAGCUUAGUGAAAAGAGUGGAAUUCCAGACUGUGUUUUUGUUCAUGCUAGUGGUUUUAUUGGUGGAAGUAAGACAUAUGAAGGAGUGCUGGAGAUGGCUCGACAGACACUGAAGUACCAUCAUAUAGAGAAAAAUGAUUAAUUGGAAAUUAUAAUUUUCAUUGAAAGUUUCAAUAAAUUUUUGUUGAUAACAUUU